UUGAGAAAGAGACACGGAGUUGAGUGGAAAAGCUUUCAUCUUCGGCUUCGAAGGAGGUGAGGAACAAACCGUCAGAGAUACCGCAGAUUUUUAACCUAACAAUGAUGAUGUUCACGCGGAAAAGCGCUUUUAGAGGUUUUCAACAACAACAAAUGGAAAUGGGUAUUCUUCUUCUUCCUGAUUUUCCUUCUUUCUUAUUCUCCAAUCAUUACCACUUAACCACUUCUACUUGUACUAAGAAACCUGCUUUGCCUCAAAACAAUGGUGGGUUUGUUAGUAAUAACAGCAAUGACAUUGGUAUUGGUGAUGCCAUGGCUUCAUUCUAUCGCAUGAUCCACAUGAACCCUAGGCCUUCUUUUGUGGAAUUUGGCAAAUUCUUAGGGUCCAUUGCCAAAAAGAAACAGUAUUCUACAGUUGUAUCCUUGUGCAAUCAAAUGGAUUUGUUUGGAGUUGCCCACAAUGAUUAUACUCUAAAUAUAUUGAUUAACUCUCUUUGUCGCUUGAGCCAUAUUCAUUUUGCUGUCUCUGUCUUGAGUAAGAUGUUCAAACUGGGUAUUCAACCUGAUUCUGUCACAUUCACUACACUCAUUAAUGGGCUCUGCAAUGAGGGGAGGAUUAAAGAAGCAGUAGAGUUGUUUAAUGAGAUGGCUGGUAGGGAUGUUAUGCCAAAUACAGUGACCUUCACUAUUUUGGUUGAUGUACUCUGCAAAAAAGGAAUGGUUUCAGAAGCUCGGUGUGUCUUUGAAACAAUGACUGAAAAAGGUGUAGAGCCAAAUAUUUACACUUACAAUGCUUUGAUGAAUGGUUACUGUUUACGGCUCGAAAUGAAUGAGGCCAGCAAGUUGUUUGAAAUCAUGGUUGGCAAGGGUUGUGCACCUAGUGUACAUAGUUACAGCAUCCUGAUCAAUGGAUACUGCAAGAGUAGAAGGAUGGAUGAGGCAAAAGCAUUACUUACUCAAAUGUCUGAAAAGGAAUUGAUUCCGAAUACUGUCACUUACAACACUCUUAUGCAAGGUCUAUGCCAUGCAAGUAGUCUUCUAGAAGCGCAAGAGCUAUUCAAGAAGAUGUGUUCUUCUGGCAUGCUUCCAAAUUUGAGGACUUACUCGAUUUUGUUAGAUGGCUUAUGCAAACAUGGACAUUUGGAGGAGGCUUUAAAACUGCUCAAGUCAAUGCAAGAGAGGAAAUUAGAACCGGAUAUAGUCCUUUAUAAUAUUCUUAUUCAAGGCAUGUUUAUUGCUGGGAAGCUUGAAGUUGCAAAGGAACUAUUUUCCAUGCUUUUUGCUAAUGGAAUUCGACCUUCUGUACGGACAUACAAUAUCAUGAUUAAGGGACUGCUUAAAGAAGGGCUGUCAGAUGAAGCAUACAAAUUGUUUCGUAAAAUGGAAGAUGAUGGCUUCUUGCCGGACAGUUGUUCUUAUAAUGUUAUCAUUCAAGGAUUUCUUCAAAAUAAGGACCCGUCAACUGCUAUACAACUUAUUGAUGAAAUGGUUGGUAGGAGAUUCUCGGCGGAUUCGUCUACAUUUAAGAUGUUAUUGGAUCUGGAAUCUCAUGAUGAAAUCAUAAGCCGAUUUAUGCGUGAAAGCUCUCAAAUUAGAAAAAUGAAGUGAAGAUUUUCUAUUCAAGUGCUGUUUUAGGUUGCUGUACCUCUUUUGAGUUAUCACACCACUCAAGUCUUCUACUUUAUUGUUUGACGUACAACAUCUUCAUUCACAUAAAGAUCGGUCCUUUUAGUGCUGCUAUCCAUUAUCUGUACCACAGCAAACACACAGUUUUUUUUUUUUUCAAAUCCAUUAAUUUUUUUUAUUAUCAGAAAUUCCAUGGUUGGUUAGUGAGUGGUCUGUAACAUUUAUGGUGAUUUCCAGGGAUCUGUUUUUGGCAAUAAGUCCCACCUUACAUUGUGUAUUGACUUGAAUCUUUGUGUAUAAACUACAAGGUGUACACUAACCAGUCUUGUUUUCCUUCAGGUGAUGGAUUUUCCAGCUUAAAUUAGUUAUUUCAAGUUUUGAAUUUGGACAUAACAUUGUGACCUCUACUAAUCCUAACGAAUGAAUGAUUCAAAGAAUUGAACUUGACGUUUCUCUUCGUCUUGUGCAAUUGCCCAAGUUACAUCAGGUUUUAUUGGAGCUGAUUUGGAUGCGCUGUUCAGAAGGCUGGUAAUGUUUUUGUAAAGAGAAUUGGUUAGCAGAGAGUCUCAUCUAUCCAGAGAAUCUGCUGUUUUAGAACACGUGGAGGAUACCUCGGUUGCCAUCAUCAUGAGAUCCUACAGUUUUCUUCAAGUUGGGGGGAACUCUACUGCACAAGUUCAAGUUCUUUUAUGCAUAUUAAGCGGUCAUUGCCUAGUACUGGAAUUGAGUUUUUGAUUUCCAAAGUCUGCAAAUUGUUUAUGUUGAUGGCUUCUUGUAUCUAUAACAUACACUAGCAAAAAAGGCAACGCUCUGCUUCUCAUUUCUUUGUAUCAACUAAUGCCUGUUGGGUGCUCAGCCGCUCAGUUCUCGGUCUCAGCCUCAGCCUCAAUGGAUACUUGUUGGUGCUGUACCAGGAGGCUUGUCUCUCCACCCAACGUGUAAUAAAGAUUGCUUUAACUCAUUUAAGGUUUGUUGCUGCUCUA